AAGAAAGCUUCUUGUUUAAUCAACCUAAUUCAUUCAAUUACCGCUAUUGUUAACCAACUGAUAGACAGCAUUUCUUUUUCUCCUACAAUAUGCCGUCAGAGCAUCACAUUGUGGAAGAUGUCACCGCAACGGCCUCGCAAGUCCGCGAGCGUCAUACCCCGGCAUUGGAACAGGAGAAGCACGAAUACGAGGAAUUCCCUCCUGCACCGCCGCCCCACUGGGAACUCACCAACAAACACAACGCCCGGAUCCCCCUCUGUGCCGCCCAUAGAGGGUUCAAGUUGCGGUAUCCCGAGAAUACGCUGAGUGCGUUUAAGGGCGCGCUCGAGGCCGGCGCGAAUGCUCUCGAGACGGAUCUGCACGUCUCACGGGACGGGGUGGUGGUGCUGUCCCAUGAUCCGUGGCUUAAGAGGUGCUUCGGGGUUGAGAAUAAGAAGGUCGUCGAUUGCGACUGGGAGUAUUUGUCCACAUUGAGGACGGUGGACGAGCCCGUGGAUCGCAUGCCGAGGUUUGUUGACUUGUUGGAGUUUUUGGAUCAGGAGGGUCGGGAGGAUGUUUGGGUGUUGUUGGAUAUUAAGCUAGACAAUGAUCCAAACCGGGUCAUCCCGUUAAUAGCAGAAGCCAUCUUGUCUCAUCCUCCCAACCGCACCUCGAAGCCCUGGUGCAGUCGAUUCGUCCUCGGCUGCUGGUCCGCCAAGUUCCUCCCUCUCUGCGCAGAACAUCUUCCCAAGAUCCCCAUCACCCUAAUCUGCUUCGACAUCAGCUACGCCCGACAAUUCCUCACCGAUGCAACGCCCAACAUCGGCUUUAACAUCAACCAGCGCGUCCUCAUGGGACCCCUGGGACGGGGCUUCCUGGAGGAAGCCAAGAAGGCGAACCGAAUGGUCUACGUCUGGACCGUUAACGCGCCUAAUCUCAUGAGGUGGUGUGUUCGGCAUAAGAUCGAUGCCAUCAUGACUGAUGACCCCGUUACGUAUGGGGUCGUUGCUGCGGAGUGGAAGGGCCAGCAGGCCGGGUUUGAGGGUGAUGGGGCGAAGAAGAAGGAGAAGAUCACAUUCAAGCAGAGGUUGCAGAUUUGGGUUAUUUCCGCGCUUGUUCUGCUUUUUGGGUGGGCGUUUAAGCUCAAGUUUCUUCCUUCUCUGGAGAAGGUGAAGUAUCAGAAGGCCAAGGCUAAGUAGAUUUUCCUUUUUUGGGAGGGGAAGUCUGAAACACCCGGGCAUUUGUCCGUUUGUUAUAGACCAGGCUUGACCGGGUAGAAGGAUAGAUAGACCGCAUUUCGGUGCUGCAGUUAUUGAAGCUUUGCUCAUGAUUGAGGUACAUUAAUGAUAUGUCAAAUAUCAUGAAAUCAAAGAAACAGCCUCUCUACUUCCCGCCCUUCCUCCUCUCAGCCUCCGCAAUCCACUGCACUGACGCCUCCUUCCAGUCCGCAUCCCACCUUGAAAACACAGGCCUCUGCUCAACAACAUCAUCACUCGCCCAAUUCAUGCUCACCUGAUCCAAUGCUGCAUCCGUCUCUCCAUCGGGACAGACAAUACAAAACUCACCCUUUUUCCAACCCCACUCCAAUUCCUACACAAUGUCACUCGGAUACUAUUCACCAGCCGGUUUAGGCUCGUCUGCGCCUUCGCUGUGCACCACUCCGCCAGAUGUUGAGUCCCGUGAGCGUCCACUGCUGAGAGGAGGGGAGUAGUGGGAUGAACGCAGCGAUGCCAUUUAUUGGGCUGAAGAUGUUUGUGUCUACCGUAAUCCAGAACCGAGCGUUCCGCCCUAUACCGUGGUCUAGGAAGUACGAUAUAAU